UUUCAAGAAAAUGGAUAGAUUUCACGUUUUGUGUUUGUUCAUCCUUUCUACUGUUUCCAUUUGCAUCGUAAAUGGCUGCAUGUGCGACUUUUCCCGUCGUCCAGAUAAAGUAUGCAUGGCGGAUUUCGUUCUAAAGGCCAAAAUCCUCAGAGAGGAUUUAGAUUUUGGUGAAUAUGGCGAUUUCCCAAUUCAGAAAAACUACACGGUCCUGUACAAGAAAAGGGGUAUUUUCAAGGGAAGCCGUCUCCUUGGUUCUGGUAACACUGCGGUGAUCCAAACCUCUGGGACGCCUUGGAACUGCGGAACAACAUUUGAAUUGAACAAAAAAUACUUAAUUUCAGGUUUUGAGAGCGAUGGAUCAUUCUUCACAAACAUUUGCCAGUGGAACCCCGAAUACAACACUGUAUUAUCUACAAGAAGACGGGAAAUUAGAAAGACGUGUCGUGACCAAAGUGGACUGCGUGAAAAUGAUAUCUAAAGUGAAAUAAUAAGU